CAAAUCAACGAUGUAAGUAGAUAAAACCAUUGUUUUACUUUAUAAGUUAUAUUUAUAUGUCAUAAACACAUCACAAGGUUAUUAUGUAGUGUAUUAAAUGCAACAAUAAUCAGUUUCUUUAUAGGACAAAUUGUUGUGCAAUCUAAGUGACUAAUAUUAGGCACACAGGGCUAAAGACCAAAAGGCAGUAUUUUACUAAUACCUAAUACUAGUAACUUCGGUCUUUAUUAUGUUGAAUUUCAGUAUAAACUUUUUUACAGUGACACCAAGAAAAAUCAAUGCUUGUCUGUUUGGGACUGAUGAUUCUGAGAUCGAGGAUUUCAAUGAUGAAGAAAAUGAAGAUAAUGUCCUCAGUGCCAGCACAAGAGAGCAAUCUUUAUUUCAAGCGAAUUGGAGUGACAAUACUGACAGCGACCCUGACUAUCAUCCCUCAACUAGUGACAGCGAUAACGAACCCACAACAUCAACAGCAGUAAAGAAAAAUCAACUAGCCAAAAGGAAGAAAAAUACUAAACUGCAACCACCAAUCAAGAGAACAAAGAACAUACCUACUGCCGAACCAUGGAGAAAAGGCAUUUUUUCUCCUGAUCCUGUGACUCUUCACGAACCUUCGUAUAUACCACUGGACUGUACGAAUUGGAGUAAUGAGAAGUUUGUUGAACUAUAUUAUGAUGAUGAUAUUCUUUUACAAUUUGUGGAGAAAAGCAACCAGACUUAUGUACUUAAGACAGGUAAAAGUUUGAACUUAUCUUUGAGAGAAUUCAAAGUUUGGUUGGGAGUAAAUUUUGUAAUGUCAUCCCUACAGUUGCCCCAAAUACGUAUGUAUUGGGACAAGGAAUGGAGAGUUGCUGUAGUUGCUGAUCAUAUGUCUAGGGACAGGUUUUUUCAAAUAAGAAAUUCACUAAAAAUUGUCUUUGAUGAUGACAUUAAUGAAGAGCAAAGGAAAGCCGAUAGGCUAUGGAAAAUAAGACCACUGAUUGACCGUGUUUUGUUAGGAUGCUUAAAACAAACCAGAAAUCAACACAUCUGUAUAGAUGAGAUGAUGAUACCCUUCAGUGGCACAAGUGACUUAAAAACAGUACAUUCCCAACAAGCCCAACCCCUUAGGAAUUAA